CCUGGCUACCUCCACCCAGCUAGGGCCGAGGAUGGCCGUUCCAACCACCGCUUAACGUGGUUUGAAUGGAGACACCAGGCCAUCCAGAAUUUUCUUCGACGUUUCACUGGCUCACAUUGCCUACAGUAUACACAUCGAUCUCCUCCCUGACGGUGGAGAUGCCGCUCGCUCCCUUCUUGCCCGCGUGACAGUAGGGACUAAAUAUGCCAGAUUUUUGCUCUGCACUUUCUUCAUUUCCCACCGUCGCUGCUUGCUACACUUUCUGGCCGUUCCAGGUGUGGAUUUUGUCGAGACUGGUUCAAGAACUAAAACCCCUGCAGGUCCUGUGCAUAACGAUCGUCAGAAACAGAAAGACCUCCGUGGGGUCCCCAGUCUGUCAGGGUAUAUAAACGCAAACUGGUCGGACACUCAGCGCGGGGGACCAAUUUCGUUUCCUCUUUUUCGUUCUGAUUUCGUCUUUCCAUAAGUCCCAGAAGUCGGCACGAGCACAGAGCUUUGGAAGUGCACCCUCGGUCCAUUCAAAGAGGGCACAGAAGGGUCGAUAUUGAAACCAUGGCCGACCAGGAUCCCAUCACCCACGAGCCUAGCAAUGGCUCUCGGGAACACCCACUCCAUUUUCCGGAAAAGGACCAUCUCCCGCACACAAAGAGUGUGGAUGAGAUCGUCGUCAAUGCUUCGCGGGCCACGGACAAGGAACACAAGAUGAGCUUGUGGCAAGGCAUCAAACUAUACCCAAAAGCCGUCGGGUGGAGUCUACUCAUCUCGACGUGUAUUGCCAUGGAAGGCUACGACGUGUGUUUGUUGAGCAACUUUUGUACGUCUUGUCUUUUGGCUUGUCAUCCUGCAACUAUCCUGGAAAUAACACCAACAUACUUUACUGACUCGCAACUCCGCUGCUCCAAGAUGGAUUUCCACAGUUUCAGAAGAAAUAUGGUGAACAAUUACCGGACGGCAGUUGGCAGAUUCCCGCGCCGUGGCAAUCGGGACUCAGCAACGGUGCCAACGUGGGUGAGAUCAUCGGGUUGUUCAUCAACGGAUGGGUUUCGGAACGCUAUGGCUAUCGAUAUACGGUCAUGACCUGCUUGAUGUUGGUUGUCGUCUUCACGGCCGUCUUCUUCACCGCGCAGACCGUGGUGGCAUUGCAAGUAGCCGAAAUAUUGUGCGGUAUUCCUUGGGGUGUUUUCCAAACUCUUACCAUCACAUACGCCAGCGAGGUUUGUCCAGUUGCUCUUCGGGGUUAUUUAACCACAUACGUCAACUUCUGUUGGGGUCUUGGUCAGACUGUCGGUAUCGGAGUCAUUAGAUCCCUGGUAGAUCGACAGGAUCAGUGGUCAUACAGAAUUCCAUAUGCUCUUCAGUGGAUGUGGCCUGUACCUUUGUUCAUCGGGAUCCUGUUGGCCCCCGAGAGUCCCUGGUGGCUCGUACGAAAGGGACGGAUCGACGACGCGAAGAAGGCCCUGCUCCGUCUGACUUCGCUCAACCGCGAGACCGACUUUGACGCCGACGAGACGAUCGCCAUGAUGGUGCACACGACGGCGCUCGAGGAGAAAAUCACGAGCGGCGCGUCGUACCUGGACUGCUUCAAGGGAGUGGACCUCCGACGGACCGAGAUCGUCUGCAUGGUCUGGGCCAUCCAGAACCUUUCCGGCAAUUCCUUUUCCGGAUACUCGACCUACUUCCUCGAGCAGGCCGGCCUCGACCCGUCGACGUCGUACGACUUCGCCCUGGGCCAGUACGGCAUCAACAUGGCGGGGGUGUUUGGGGCCUGGUUCCUCAUGACGUGCGGCAUCGGGCGACGGUCCCUGUACCUCUGGGGCCUCUGCGGCCUCUUUUCCAUGCUCCUGAUCCUCGGGUUCCUGGGCGUCGUCCCCGAGGCCCACCGGAAAGAGGCCUCCCUCGCCACGGGGUCCAUCAUGCUGGUCUGGGCGCUGUGUUACCAACUCACCGUGGGGACCGUCUGUUAUUCCCUGGUGGCCGAGCUCUCCACCCGCCGCCUCCAGAUCAAGACCGUGGUCCUGGGCCGGAACCUCUACAACAUCGUCGGCAUCGUCUGUUCCGUCCUGACCCCCUACAUGCUGAACCCGGGGGAGUGGAACUGGAAAAACUACGCCGGCUUCUUCUGGGCCGGCAUCUGCUUCCUGUGCAUCAUCUACACCUACUUCCGGGUCCCCGAGCCCGCCGGCCGCACCUUCGCCGAGCUGGACCUGCUGUUCGAACGCGGGGUCAGCGCGAGGAAGUUCGCCACCACCCAGGUCGACGUCUUUGACGCCGUCACCGUCCACGAGACCGUCCAAGGCAGCGGCGCCGUCAAGGCCUACGAGGAGCAAAAGGGCAGCGUCAAGGCGCACGCCAUAGCCGGACAAUCUUUGACUUGAAAAUUGAAACAUGACAACCACCAUGGCAGUCACUCUCGGUGAGAGUGUUUUUUUGGUUUUGUACAAAAAAAACCCCCCCGCAAGAGUACUGCUACCUCGAACAUGUUACAAGAGUAUGUAUGUGAUUGCUAUCGAGAAUAUAUCAGAUUGAUUUGCUCCUAUGUAAUCACAUAUAGGUAUGCACAUAUGCGUUCCUACCUGGGUACCUGGUAUUUGUCUUGUUUUCGAAUCGGCGUGAGCCCAUCUACUAGCUCGAGCGUGGCCUGUGGCCUGAC